GGAUGAAGCAGAGGAAGAGAAGUUUUUUUGAGACAAUCUCCUUGUCUCAAUUCACCGGCAUAGAGGAAAACCUCUUCUACCUAUUGUCAAGAAAUCGAUUGAUCUUAACGGAGAACGGCAUUUGGUCAGUCUCUGAAAAGAGUGAUGUGGCUUAG